UGGCAGCCUCCAUGAAAAUGCUAUCAACACGAUUUUCUCGACUUUCCACUGCAUUUAGGCGGCAUCCGCUCAGUAAUUACCGACAAGUUGGGCGGCAGACGGCAAGCAGAAGCUAUGGAGCUAUCGCAGGACAGACAAAGCCCACAUUAGCCAGUCGCAAGUAUGUUCUACAAGAAGCCACAAGGGGGCGGUGUCUGAGUCGUCUGUUCUCCACGGAAGUCGGGCCUGAGAAGACGGAGGGACAGGAGGAAGAGGACUAUCAUAAUAUCAUCAAGGACACAGAAAGAUCAAAAGGUCCAUCAGAUAAACAUGAAUUUCAGGCAGAGACAAGGAAGCUUCUGGACAUCGUUGCCAAGUCUCUGUAUUCUGAAAAGGAGGUGUUUGUACGCGAGAUCAUCUCAAAUGCAAGCGACUCCCUUGAGAAGAUGCGCUACAUCCAAGUGACCGGGGCCGAUGGUGAGGUACCCAAGGAUCAUCCGCUAGAAAUACAUAUCAGGACGGAUGAAGAGAAGAAGACUUUCACCAUUCAGGACACUGGUAUUGGGAUGACCAAAGAAGAGAUGAUUGAAAACCUGGGAACAAUUGCAAAGUCAGGCAGUCAGCAAUUCCUUGAUGAGCUUAGUACAACUUCUGAUAAGGAAGCAAGCAGCAACAUCAUUGGUCAGUUUGGUGUUGGAUUCUACUCAACGUUCAUGGUUGGAGACAACGUUGACGUGUACUCACAGUCGUAUAAACCUGGCAACAAGGCUCAGAAGUGGAGGUCUGAUGGCACAGGUUCAUAUGAAAUAGCAGAAGCAGAAGGCGUCCAGCAGGGCACCAAGAUCGUCGUCCAUCUCAAGGGAGAUGCUUAUGACUAUGCAAAGGAAGAGAUCAUAAAGGAGGUCGUGGAGAAAUACAGCAAUUUUGUUGGGGUACCAAUCUUUUUGAAUGGGAAGAGAGUCAAUGUGAUACAGCCAAUAUGGAUGAUGGAUGCCAAGGACAUCACGGCUCAACAACAUGACGAGUUUUACCGAUAUUUGUCUGGGAACGCGUAUGGCAAUCCGCGCUAUGUUGUCCAGUAUAAAGCGGACGCGCCAUUGAACAUCAGAGCUGUAUUCUACGUACCCGAACAGAAACCCACUGUGUUCGACAUGAGCAGGGAAAUCGACACGGGGAUCUCGCUCUACAGUAGGAAGAUUAUGAUCAUGUCUCGAGCAACCACCAUCUUACCAAAGUGGAUGAGGUUUUUAAGAGGAGUUGUCGAUAGUGAAGAUAUUCCUCUCAAUCUUAGCAGGGAGUUGCUGCAGAACAGUGCCCUUAUCAGGAAAUUACGAGAUGUUCUUGAAUCACGAAUCAUCAAAUUCUUCACUGACCAAGCCAAGAAGGACCCUGAGAAGUAUCUCAAGUUUCAUGAAGAUUUUGGCCUGUUCUUCAGAGAGGGAAUUGUGACCACAGGGGACCAGGCUAAGCGGGAGGAUAUUGCCAAAUUACUGAGGUUCGAAUCAUCCAAUUUGCCCAAAGGAGAAGUCACGAGUCUAGAGCAGUAUGCUGAGAGAAUGAAAGCUGGAGGAAGAACUAUUUAUUACUUGUCUGCUCCAAGCCGAGAGUUGGCUGAGACAUCUCCUUAUUAUGAAGCAAUGAGGAAGAAGGACGUAGAGGUUCUGUACUGCUACGAGUCAUAUGAUGAGCUGGUCCUGAUGAACCUGAACCAGUUUGAUAGGAAGAAUCUCAAAUCUGUUGAGAGCGUGGUCCAGGAAGACAAGGAGGACACUGGCACUGUCGAUGCUGAAGAUGAACAAAGUCUGCAACAAGAUGAUGCCACGACAUUGAUGACAUGGAUGGGGGCUGUCCUUGGCAACAAGGUCAACAAAACGAAGAUCACCAACCGGCUUGAGUCUCACCCGUGCAUCAUCACGGUGAUGGAGAUGGGAUCUGUGCGCCAUUUCCUGCGGACGACGCUCGCUGACAAGAAUGAGGAGGAGCGUUUACGACUUCUCCAACCAACCCUGGAAAUCAACCCAAAGCAUGUUAUCAUCAAAAAGUUAAACGAGCUUCGUGUGAGUGACCCCGAACUGGCCAAGUUAGUUCUGUAUCAGAUUUACGACAACGCUAUGAUUCAGGCGGGACUCCUGGAUGAUCCUCGUAGCAUGAUCACACGACUAAAUGAAUUACUCAGCAAGACAUUGGAACGAGUGAAAUAAACUCACGUUUUUGGACAAUAAAGGAGGAGUGCUCGAGAUAAUUCCAGCUCAGUGGUGUGUGGACACUUUCAGAGACAUACCUGCAGCGCCACUUUGUAAUUAUCAUAAGUGCAGGUCGAGAAUUAUCUCGAAACACUCCCAAGAUUGAAAUAAUUGGGAUAAUGGUGUCAAGCUGACCAGACAAUAUCAUAGAGUCAGAAACUGUGUUUAACAUGUACAAUACAGUCACAUCUAUGCUGUGGCCAUGUAUGAAGUGUUCAAAAACAAGAUUGACGAAUAAACACUUUACAAAUUUUAAA